AUGGAACGUGACCAGAAUGGCUUCUGGACUGCACCUCUUCCGUUCAAGGAUGACAGACCCGAGCUACCUAACAACAGAGCACAGGCGUGGCGCCGAGCUCAAAUCCUAGAUAAUAGCUUGAAGAACAAUUCGGUCAAGAGACAGCAUUUUGUCACCUUUAUGGGCAAGGUCAUCGAUAGCGGAGCUGCUGAAGUUGCACCCUGUGCUAUUCAACAAGAGUGUUGGUAUCUUCCACUAUUUGGCGUCUACAACCCAAAGAAACCUGGGCAGAUAAGAGGUGUAUUCGAUUCGUCGGCAGUCUACCAGAAUAUCUCAUUGAACAGUGUUCUCAUGUCAGGCCCUGACAUGAUAAACAGCCUGCUAGGAAUUCUUCUCAGAUUCCGUAGAGACGAAGUCGCUGUUUCGGCCGAUGUAGAGCAGAUGUUCUAUCGCUUUCGAGUCACUCAUGAGCAUCGUGAUUUCCUUCGUUUUCUGUGGUACAGAGAUAAUGAUCCUGACAAAGAACUCAUUGAAUAUAGAAUGUGUGUUCACGUAUUUGGAAACUGUGCUUCCCCAUCUGUUGCUACAUAUGGUCUACGCAAAGCUGUACAAACUGCUGAAAAAGACAUUCAAAAUCUGGUUAACAAGGACUUUUAUGUAGAUGACUGUUUAACGUCUAAGCCUACUGUUGAUCAAGCAAUAGUUACAGUGAAAAGAACUCAGACAGCUUUACGUGAUGGUGGAAACAUUCGGCUACAUAAAAUUGCAUCAAACAAUGUCGCUGUAAUGCACGCCUUCCCUCAGGAAGACCUUGGAGGUGAUUUAAAAUCACUAGAUCUUAGUGUAGAUCCUCUUCCUGCCCAGCGAAGUCUCGGAUUGGCCUGGGACUUGAAGAAGGACGCCUUCAUCUUCAAUAUCGAAAUGGAAAACAAGCCUUUCACCAGAAGAGGCGUACUUUCCAUGGUGAACAGUAUCUAUGAUCCCCUUGGUUUCAUCGCUCCGAUAACCAUAAGUGGCAAUAUACUACUACGUGAAGCUACACCGUCCGGUGUAGACUGGGAUGCUCCUCUCCCACCAAACCAUGAGAUGAGAUGGCUUGAAUGGAAGCAGUCCUUACAAAACACAGAGACAAUUGCUAUUCCUCGUGCCUACACUACGAUUUCCUUCAGUACAGCAAAGAAGAGUUCAGUGAAUAUCUUCUCAGAUGCUUCAGAAGUAGCUAUUGCUGCAGUGUCUUAUUUGAAAGUGACCGACCAAGUUGGUGAAUCCAGUUCUGGGUUUCUGUUAGGAAAAGCGAAGUUAGCCCCUACACAAGGACAUAGUAUUCCUAGGUUGGAACUGUGCGGCGCAGUUUUAGCCACUGAGUUAGUUGUUAUAAUAUCUAAGCAGUUAGACAUACCGAUAGCUUCUAUGACAUUCUUUACUGAUAGCAAAGUGGUGCUAGGAUACAUUUGCAACGAAACUAGAAGGUUCUACACGUAUGUGAGCAAUCGUGUUGAAAGAAUAUUGAAUGUAUCUACACCAGAGCAAUGGCAGUACGUUUCAACGACCCGUAAUCCAGCCGAUUGUGCAACCAGAUGUCGACCAGUUUGCCUAGAUGUUAGCGACAGUACGUGGAUCAAAGGUCCUCCUCUUCUGAAAGAUCAAGAGCUUCAGAUAGAGGAUAACAUCGAAGAGUCCAAGAACUAUGACCUGAUCAACCCUGAAAAUGACACUGAGAUUCGACCUGAAGUUCUCACGAGAAAAACAGUGAAUGUUGAAUCCAGUAUAACUAGCAAGUUUGAAAAGUUUUCUACUUGGCAGUCUUUGGUGAGAGCAUUCGCGCUCUUGAAAAGGUCGUGUAAAGAACACAAAAAAGUAGCAAAACCUGAUGUCGUUACGAGUCACAUUGAAGCAGAAAACUUCAUUGUACGUACAGUUCAAGAGAGCAGUUAUGAAGAGGAAAUUCAGUUAUUGUUAAGCAAGAGAGCUGUACCUGCAAGUAGCAGUCUGUCUACAUUGAGUCCAUUUCUAGACGAGAAAGGUGUCUUGCGUGUUGGUGGCAGAUUAACAAAGGCAGAUGUUCCGUCUAACAGCAAACAGCCAAUCAUCAUCCCGAAGAAGUCUCACAUAGCUCUUCUUCUUGUGAGACAUUUCCACGAGAAAGUUCAACACCAAGGCAGACUACUUACUGAAUCCACUUUGCGUAACAAUGGCUUCUGGAUUAUUGGUGCGAAGAGACUUAUUUCCAGUACUAUUCAUAAGUGUGUCAUCUGCAAAAGACAGCGUGGUAAAUUUCAAAGUCAAUACAUGUCCGACCUACCUGAAGACAGAGUUACUCCAAGUGCUCCCUUUACAGUGAUUGGCGUAGAUACAUUUGGACCAUGGCACAUUGUUGCCCGCAAGACCAGAGGCGGACUUGCAGAAAGUAAAAGAUUGGGCAUGCUUUUCACAUGCUUGAGUACUAGGGCAGUGCAUAUUGAAGUUAUUGAAGAGUUAAGCAGUUCAGCCUUCAUAAAUGCAUUUAGAAGAUUUGUAGCCAUAAGAGGACCAGUCAAAGAGGUUCGAUCAGAUCGUGGUACGAAUUUCAUUGGGGCGCUUGAUGAUCUCAAAGCCGAAGGCAUUUGUGUAGAAGAUGGAUCUGUAAAGAAAUACUUUCACGACUCGAAGAUAACUUGGAAAUUCAACCCUCCACACCCGUCACACAUGGGAGGAGUGUGGGAGAGAAUCAUUGGACUCACGCGUAGAAUCCUAGACUCUAUGCUCCUGAAGACACACGCGCAAAAGUUGACUCAUGACAUUUUGUGUACAUUCAUGUGUGAAGUGUGUGCGAUUAUCAACUCCCGACCUAUUGCUUCAAUCUCUACGGACCCAGACGAUCCUGAAAUGAUGACCCCGGGAAUGCUGCUAACCCAGAAGAAGGAACCUUUGGAAGGAUUGGACUCAACCCUGAGUAUGAGGGACAUAUACAAAGCGCAACGGAAGUACGUUCAGGUGAUGGCAAACACUUUCUGGAAACAGUGGCGUAACGGAUACCUUCAAACUUUGCAAACACGGCGAAAGUGGCCAAGUGUUCUAGAAAAUUUGAAAACCGGAGACGUUGUUCUUGUUAAGGAUGUUGAAGAACAUCGAAACCAUUGGCCAUUGGGGAUCGUUGUUCGUGUCUUCCAAAGUGGAAGUGACUCAAACAUUCGUUCAGUGGAAGUACGCAUCGUUAAAGACAAAAAAUGUGUAAAUUAUGUUAGACCAAUCACGGAGUUGGUACUCCUAGUGGAUUGA